AGUCAGCUGUUCAAUAAUUGUUGAUGUAGAUGAAGGUAUGUUUAAAAUGUAUGUGGUAAAAUCUGUGAGGGACAGAUGUUUGAAACCAUGAACAUAGUGCCUGCUGCAAGCCAUAUCUAGAGCUUAUUACAAAGUUUUAUGUCAGAGAUUAAAGGAUAUCUGAGUAGUCUUGUCCAAGAUGAGGCAGGACAGAGGUGAUGGAACACACACCGACUGUGACUGGCACAAUCCUGCUAAAUGGAAACCACAUCAGUGGUGGUGAAUAGGGCCAAAGUUAACCGACAAGACUCCACCAUGGAUACCCUGCCCCUGGUAAGGUCUGAUGGUGGCGAAGGAGGGCAGGUGGUGGCUAUGGCUUACAAGAAACCCUCCCUGUCCCUCCUACAGAUGGUGUUGUUGAAUGCUGUGGUCUGUGGCCUGGAGUUUUGUGCCUCGGCGGGUUUCACCUACAUCCCUCCACUACUUCUGAAGGCCGGACUCAGCGAGUCGAGGAUGAGUUUUGUCAUUGGUUUCGGGCCUCUUCUCGGACUGUUCUUUGUGCCUGCUAUUGGUAAAGCCAGCGACCAGUGCCGAAGUUCUUACGGCAGACGAAGACCUUUUAUACUGGCGCUCAGCUUAGGUUGUAUUCUUUCCCUGCUUGUGAUACCCUAUGCACAGAUUUUGACGGAGCGAGUCUUCGGAAUGGAGGGAAUGGGACGAACGUUUGGAGUUCUGUUGUUGUGUUUUGGGGUUGUGUUACUAGAUUUCACAACACAGGCCUGCCUUAAUCCAUGUGAAGCUCUUCUGUCAGAUGCCUCCAAAGGUACCAGUCAACAGGACAGCAUCUUUACAGUCUAUUCUGUGAUGAUUAGUCUCGGUGGAUGCCUGGGCUACUUCAUCACUGCCAUUAACUGGAAAACCAGCUCGCUUGGCCUUUAUUUUUCAUCACAAGAACAGUCUGCAUUUUCUCUACUUAUUGUGCUUUUCAGUAUUACAAUGUUAGCGACAUUACUCAUUGCGGAAGAGAAACCUGUCAUCUCGAUACCAGACAGUUGUCAUCUGAUGUCUAAAUUAGACGGUGAGACACUUAUACCCCCAGAGGUUAACACUGGUCAGCAUGAGUCUGGUUAUGAGACCAGCAGUAACUCUUCUGUUUCUGAGAAUGCGUCGUCUGUUCAAACCAAAAUACCGCACAGAAAACAUUUUGAAAGGACAAACUCAGUAAGCGACAUGCUGAAGUCCGUUGUGACUAUAAAACCUGUUUGUAAUAUAUUUACAAGACACUGUGAUCUUAACUUUAGGUCAAGACUGGUGAUGUUUUUUCGAGGCCGCUGUAGAUCCAUACAACAGAUUAUAGUGAGCUAUCUCCCUUCAAGAAUGAAACAUUUUUGGGACAUGCCUGUGGUGUUGAAAAAUUUGGUAAUUGCAGACUUUUGCUGCUGGACUGCUGUCAUGGGCUUUAACUUCUUCUACACAGACUUCAUGGGACAGGUGGUGUAUGGUGGCCGGCCCAAUGCCCCGGAGAAUUCCAACGAGCGGGACCUCUAUGAUCAGGGAGUGAGAAUGGGCAGCUGGGGUUUGCUCUUCCACUGUAUUGUAUCAGCAGUAUUCGCCCCAUUUGUGGAACGCCUGUCCGAGCGUUUUGGACCACGUAGAACCUUGGUGUUUGGCAUGACCAUUUUCACAGUGGCCAUGUUUUGUAUGGUGUUUCUGCAGAGCAUUACCCUGGUGACACUAAUGGCGUCCCUCACAGGAUUUGGGUACGCUUGUAUCACCAUUAUACCGUUCACUCUAGUGACAGAGUUCCAUUCUGACAAGGAGGUGUAUUUCUUCGACGCUUCUCCACACUUGUCACCUUCCGAACGUAACAGCAAGCUGAGGAAUCGUGGGAUAGCGGGUGACAUGGCCUUGUUGGACAGUGCUUACUUCUCCGCCGAAGUGGCCUUGUCGGCUGUGAUGGGAUACAUUGUGCAUUACACGGGAUCGGCCGUGGCGUACAUGGUGACGGCUGCUGUGAUGGGGAUUCUGGCCUGUGUUCUGCUACAGCGAAUCCUCACUGACAAGCAGGAGGUGAUCUCGCUGAUCCGCGACAGACAUCAAAAGUUAGUGACAGUUUCUGACCAGGACCAGCAAGCUUUUCAGAUGUCAAUUUCUAACAACUGUUAACCUCAGAUAUCCCAGGAGCAAAGAACACAGAAACCAUUGGAAACCAGCUGGUUUUCUGUUUUAGUGGUGUAUAUGUAAAUGUGAUAUUCAUGUAGACAUACAUAAAGGAUGAAACUUUUAGCUAGUUUAUAGUUGACUGUAACUAUACAUGGCUGAAGCUUAUUGCAAAUUUAUUGUGAUAUUGUCCUAAGUUACGGCUUAUAAUAUUUUAACAUGACUAUACGCAUUUUAUAUUUUAUACUUUGUACAAGCAUUAUAUACAUUUUUUUUUAAGUUGAAGAUGGUCCAAAGGCUCUUAAUUUACAGAAACAUGCUGUACCUAAAGUUUAAUUUAACAUAUUAGCAUGCUCGAUAAGAGCAGUUAUCUCCCUUUCGCAUUUAAAAAUAUUUUUGCUUUUAGAGGCAAAUUUAAGCUUUACAUUCAAUAAAGCUUCUCACUGACGUUUUGAUCAUUGAUGCAGAUUUAUCCCCCAGAAGAUGUCAUUUUAUAGUGUCUCAGUGGGCGAUAACCUGAUUUGAUUAAAAAGACCUGAUUAUAAAGAACAUUCACUAGAACCACUAGAACAUCUUAAUGUGUGAAAUACGUAAUACUUUGAGAAGUAACAUCCCCCUAAAAUGUACUGGUCACUAUGCACCCUCAUCAGUGAUGCACUCAAGUCAAAGAAGUUUACUUGCAGUAAAACAAACUACUGUUCCUCCAAGGUUUUUGAUAAUGAGUCAAUUUUGGUGGAAGAGAGAUACUGCUGGUGCAUAAAAAUCAAAUCCAUCAUUGCUGCUAUAUGUCCUUUCUAUGAAGAAAUUACAUACUUUGCUUCAGACAACAUUAUUUUUCAAGCUUUUAGUGUUUCAAACAAAUACAGAGAAAAAAACAAAAAUCACACAUACAUGGUUCUAGUGUACAUGUAGGCCUACCAUUUCUAGCUAUGUGGCCAUCAUACUAUGGGAACAAGUAUCAUUGAAGGCUUGUGAGUUAAGCGUAACCAAACAGUAUUGAAAUUAUUGUUCAAAUUCAAAACAGGGACUAUUAUGUACAGGGAAAUGAAUCAGUCACUGACAUAAAAAAAACAGCUGCCAACCAAUGAGAAACAAUCAGGGUGCACAACUCAGUCAGCUAUCUUCUCUUAAUAGGCCACUUACAGGUGGCAAAAUAUGUCUGCCUGCAUCCUAAUGUAAUGUAACUCAGUAUUGUUGCAUUUGCACUCUCAACAAAAACUUUUGUUGACAAGAUGUACUUCUAUGGAAAACAUUGGAACAUUUCCAUUUGAAAGGAUUCCAACAAAUGUUAUCUUAUCAGUCAGAAAGAUUACCCUAAUUUUUUAACAUUUGGAAUAUUUUGAAACAUUCUGAGAGAACUAUGGGGUGUGUAGAAAUAAUUUGCACAUUUUUAUGAAGCCUAUGUUUUUAAUGACAGGAGCAAAUCAAUUUUAGGGUCAUUUUCAAUUUAAUUGUGCACAUAAAUUCCACUGAAAAAGUGCUUUAGUGGUUGAAUAGGAUGAAGAUUUAAGUUUGAAUUGAUAAGUGUGUGUACAUGAAUCACUAGACAGGUGGCUUAGCCAAGGGGUCUGGACCAAUACAUAUUCCAGGUUCUUACGAUUGACAUAUCAAAACAGAGAUAUACAGCUGUUAAUGAUAUAAAAUGUGCAGUUUGACAUACUACUAUUGUACAUAUAUGUUUACAAUUAUUGUUUCACAAAUACAAACAUUACAACAGCAACAGGGUGAGAUAUUUUGAUCUUAGUCUCAUUUUUUAAGAAAGCUAACCGUUGAUGGUUUUAUAACCAAAGAGAAUUUUUGUUAGUAGAUUUUGUGGCUCAACAUCUUUGACACAUGCUGUAGCUUUUUAAUCUAUAAACAUUUUGAAAGUCUCAUUGUAUCAGUGCCUUGAUACUGCACAAUGUUCUCUCACAACCAUUACUGUAACUACAGUAUUAUGUAAGAAAUGCAUUCACAACUUUUACAGGUCCAUUCUGUUGUGAAUAAAGAGUCUACAUGCCCAUUCUGUUGUGAAUAAAUAGUCCACAUGUCCAUUCUGUUGUGAAUUAAAGAGUCCAACUGUCCAUUCUGUUGUGAAUUAAAGAGUCCACAUGUCCAUUCUGUUGUGAAUAAAGAGUCCACAUAUUUCAAACUGAAGGUAUGAUUCACAGUAGAGCAAAGAAAAUGGUUGAACAGAUCAUUCUGGAAAUGUUAUGAAGUUGUCCAUGUCUAGUUUUGUGCUUAAGUAUUUUUGCUUGUUUUAGCACAUCUUCAUGUUAUCAGAAUGCUUUGAAUUUUUAAUCUGAAUAUGUUGAUCCAUUUGGUAGUCUAAAAUCUGGUACUUCAAAGUAUUACUUUAUACUUAAAAAACUAUGUGCACGUUGAAAUUAGCUACCAUUUCAGAGUCGUCUUCCAUUGUCGGUGAGCUCGCUAAAUUUUAUUAACUUCCAUGUCAUUAACUACUGUACGCUCUUUAACUUGCACUGAGUAUAUGUGCCACAGAAUGUCGGAUAAGAAUUUGUUCCACAUGUUGGAUGUGUUCAUGUCUCUUCACAACAAAACUUUAUAUGUAUGUAAGUUCUUUGUUACCAUAAAUGUGUUCUUGUGCAGGAUAGCCUAUUGAACACUGUGAACACUGUAUUUAACACUGUGUUCACAUUGGAGUCAUUGCACUCUGUCUUAUUUUACAAUAUCCUAUUGAACACUCCACUGAGUAAAACAUAGGUGUCAUUUACUCAAUGUCCUAUUUCAAGAUAGCCUUUUGAACACUUAACAGACUGCAAUGCUGGAGUCCUUACUCUCAUGUUCUAUUUAAAGAUAGCCUUUUGAACACUUAACAGACUGCAAUGCUGGAGUCCUUACUCUCAUGUUCUAUUUAAAGAUAGCCUAUUGAACACAUGUCCAUUCACAUAGGUGUUAUUACACAUCCUGUUUCAAGAUAAGUUAUUGAACACUUCAUAGACAGCCACACUGGAGUCUUUACUUAGUGUCCAGUUUUAAUAUAGCCUAUUGAACACUUCACAGACUGCAAUAUAGGAGUCAUUACCCUGUCCUUUUGGAAGAUAAUUUGUUGAACACUUCACAGACUGCAAUAUGGGAGUUAUUACUCUGUCCUUUUGGAAGAUAAUUUGUUGAACACUUCACAGACUGCAAUAUGGGAGUCAUUACACUGUGUCCUAUCUGAGGUAACCUAUUGAACACUUCAUGGACUGUAAUACUAGAGUCAUAACUCUGUGUCUGUAGUGACUAUAAGAUAGUGUAUUGAACACUCCGUCUGACUGCAAAACUGGAGUCUGUAUUAUUUGUCCUAUUUCAGGAUAGACUGUUGUACACUCCAUCUGAUUACAACAUUGCCUGUAGUCUUAAAUCUGUGUCAGAAUAGCCUAUUGAACACUUCACGGACUACAAUAUUUAAUGCAUUCCUUCCUCUGGGUCCUAUUUCAGGAUGCAACACUGCAGGCAAUGCUCUGUCCUAUUUCCUAUAUGUACAUAUACUUAUUUUGCUUAUUUAACACAUUGACAGUGAAUCCAGGGUCAGAAAUUUAGCUGAAGACAUCAAAAAGCAAUAUUAUGGUACAUGUAUGUUGUGUGCGUAUCUCUGAAUAGUAUAGUUACUUUGCUGCAGAUCAGUUUUUCUAAGAAAAGACCUUUAAAAAACCAUUGUAUUAUGUUGUAGGUUUUAUCUGUUGGAAGAUAUUUUGGCUUAAGUUAUAAUUUUAAACCACUUGUCAAAUAAUUUAAUUGUCUUCACGUGCCAAACUUGACCAGUUAUCAUCUGUUAUAUAUUAACAUAUAUUCUGCUUGUUUGAGUCAAAGCAGGCAAUAACAUAUCAAUUGUCUUGAGUUACAUAUAGAUGUGGGUUACAUUGUAAGUGUUUACUUGUAUACACUUACAUCUAUUUUCUCUCAAGCAUUUUGGUAUGCAUUUAUAACUAUUUUCUCUCAAGCAUUAUUCAUUUAUUUUUUCUACUUGCAUCUAAACUUCAGAGGGGUUUUAGAUUUGUAUGUUCUUUGCUUUAUUGUACAGCAUACAUAUUAGUACUCUGGUUUUUAUGGCAAUUGCAGUGUAAGACGUCCAAUCUGCUAUACUGCAUUUGAUACGACAUAUUAGAGGUCUUUUCUUUGUAGUGGUUUAUAUUAAUUUGCAAUCUUGUUUGCAGUUGGCUGAAUUAUAUAUUGCUUUGUUUUGGUUGUUCUUGGACUUGUUGAAUAUGUUGAUACUGUGGCAUAGAUAUAUAUGCAUGGUUUAUAUGCAUUUGUGCUUUUAUUUACAUAUAUACCUGUUUUAUUUAUUUAAUUUAGACUCCUGUAAAUGUUUUGGUACAAAAAAUAUAUAUGUACCGCACAUUUAGACCGAUCAUCCAUUUUCUGUAUACUUUUAGAUCUACUGGUAAUUGUAGAUUUAACCAGUGUAUGUUUCAAGGUCAUAGUUCUGAUCCGUGGUAUUAUCUACUUGGAUAUAAAUGUGCGAAUUUCACAUAGAUUUAGCAUGGUUGUUUGGUUUUAACGGUUUUCCUGAGACAUUAAUUUAUGCAUGUAUAUCAGAGAAUUGAUAACAUUGCAGACAUUAUUUUAUCCCUGU